GAAUACUGACUCCGGCCGACGGCGAGUGCCGGGGCUAAUAGGAAUGGAGGUAAUUGCCUCUUCUGCUUACCCCGCAUUCAUUUCCAUUUCUCUUCCCCAGUCCCACCAUCGUCGCCGCCAUCGAGCUCGCUGUUGCUUGACAACGUGCACGACGAUGAAGACGAUUCACAAACGACUGUACACAGUCCUCCCCCGCGCACCAACCGCCGUUGCUGCCGCGACCUCCUCUGCACCUCGAGUGCGCUCAAACUCCGUAUCCUCGUCCUCUUCAGUCUCAUCGGUAUCCUCUUCUUCUUCAGUAUCGUCCUCUAGAGGGCUGCAUACAUCUGCGGCUUUUCCGUUCUUUGACUCUCCACCCAGUCCGCAUACUUCUGGCGCUCGUCCGCCGUCCUCUAACCUCGUUACCCCGCGUCAAGCAAAGGCAGAGGUAGAGACUCAUGCUCCCUAUUCACAACACCAAACAAGCAACGGCCAUGGUAGUGGUAAUGGGGGCAACAAUCACCCACCGACUUCACAGUCGCAUUCAAAUCCACCGCCAUAUCCGUUAGCUUUCACCACCGCUCAGUCAGACGCUUCGUCUUCGUUUUAUCCAAAUGCCGCUGCUGCACAUCACAACAUCUUCUUCCCCUACCCUUCAUUUGGUCCUAUCUCUUCAAUUGACACCAGUCCGAACGACCUGGUGGAAUCUACAUACUCGCCAGCAAAGCAAGGGACGCGUUACCACCUCGAUGUCGGUGCAUACGGUAUUCCAAAGCGUUCGAGAGGCGGUGAUGUACGGAUAGCUGGGUGUGAUGGCAGGGGUGGACUGCCGUUCGGUAUGAGCAGCAGUUCAAUGGGAAAAGAGCGAUACACGUCUGUUUUAGUUGGCGAAGAUGCGUAUUUCGUAAAGGAUAACGCGAUGGGUGUCGCGGACGGAGUAGGUGGCUGGUCAAGACACAAGCAAGGCAAACUUGACGAAUCGACGCCUAGUGCGUUAUUUGCCCAACGGCUAAUGCAUUAUUGCUCCGAGGAAAUGGAUUCGGCCAGCUCGUCCACCACUGCAGAGUGUCCCUCACUGGAGGAGGAACUGGAAGAGGAGCUCGAAGAUUCAUUAGAAGAUCUGACAGAGGGCCUCGACGUGCUCAUGAUCCUCGAGAAAGCAUACGAGAAAACGAUGAAGGCGCACGUCAAGACUCCAGAUUUGCAUACGGCAUCCGACGGUCAGAAGCCAAUGGCUUCUUCGCAUUCUUGUGACUCCUCUGCCUCUCAUACUUCUCCCACUACUUCCACAACCCAUUCAUCUCCGUCGCCUGCUUCGGCAUCUCAAGUACCAACGCCCAUAAUGGAAGGUUCUGCAACGGCCCUUCUAGCUAUUCUAGAUCACGCACCAGCGCCACCUAUGUCUGACAAGGUGCAACCAUCACCACCUCCGUCAUCAUUCUUCUUUCCACGACCUCGUGUAUUGCCUAUGACGUUUAACGGUGAGCCUGAGAAGUUAAACCAUACGUCUGGGCACGUACGGGCAGUUAUCAGGAUAGCUCACCUUGGAGAUUGCAUGGGAAUGUUGAUCCGAGGAGAAGAGAUUGUGUGGAGGACUGAGGAGAUGUGGUGGAACUUUAAUACGCCUCUACAGCUCGGUCCCGCGUCCCGCACGACUCCCCGUGACGCAAAGGUCUUCACUAUUCCAGUGCAAGAGGACGAUAUCCUCCUACUUGCCAGUGAUGGACUUAGCGAUAACUUGUGGGACGAGGACGUUUUGGAUGAAGUAGUCCGUUUCCGUCGGAGCUUCAUGGGUAAUUCUUCCGGAAGCUCAACAACUUCAGGCGAGCGUAUCGUUGGCAGACGGACACUAGCAGGUAUGCUAAGUGAAGCUCUUUGCUCGAGGGCACGCAGUGUUUCAGAACGUCAAGGACACAGGCGGCACCGACCGAGGAGACCUAUAUCGAAGUCUUCUCCAGUGGCGCCAACGCUGUUCGGCAUAAACGGUAUGAAACUCACGACUAGUGCACUUCCAGAGACUGUCGUGGAAUCCGAGGAAGAGGAUGAAGUGCCAUUUGCCAGAAGGGCGCGAGAGGAAGGCAAGGUGUUCAGUGGUGGCAAGAUGGAUGCCAUAGACAUAUCUGUCCUCAUCGCUGUCGUAUCCCCAGCCGAAUCCCCCGACAUCACAACCUCAUCAUGACCCUCUUUCCUUACCCCAUCUCUCUCUAAGUUUUAUACCACAACAAAAACGACAAGAAAGUCCUCGUUAGGAGGACACGUCUUCUUGGUUCCUUCUUUUCCAAGUAUCUGUAUUCCAUGGUCCGUCCUUCACUGAUGCCUCUUCCUUUGCAACAUAUGUACCACCAUCAUCCUACAUUGCCACAACGCAUACACUAUCUGUUUUUGUUUCUUGCUCUCCGACCUCGGACAUGUUCUUCUAUAUGUACAUACUCAUUUACAGUCGCUGGAAUGUACUUCUAGAUGCUCGUCUGCCGAUGCGAUUGUUUACCGGGUCAUGGAGGUUAGUGAAGUCAAUCGAAGAGAAUAAUUCAUCUUACAUAAG